AAUAACCAAACGCAAAUACGCAACCUUGAAGCAUUGAACAUAAUUAACUUCACUCUCCUUCUCACUAAUUCCUCAUUCCCGCCUAAACCAGGGAUUUCACUCUAAAAUCCCCAAUUUCUCUCCUGCGAAAACACCAAGUCGAAGAAUCCUCAGCUCAAGCUCGUCAACAAUGGCGGUUAUCAUUGAUAACGAUUCAGGCAAGAAAACCUUACAAAUUGAAGAACAAGUUGAAGGCGAACGUAUCGAAACUAAUGACUAUUUCUUCUGUAAAGUCGGCGAUUCUAUUCCUAUCAUGUCCGACGGUUCGAUUUUCGAUGUAAACAAUCCUCCUGCAAAACCCUUGGUUAUCUCUGAAAGUUCUGGUCUCAUAUUUGCUGCUCAUUCUACUGGAUUUUGUGUUGCGAAGAUUAAGGAUGUUAUUGCGGCGGCCAAGGAGAUUAAGGAUAAAGGAAGCGGUCCUUCUGUUCAGGAAUUGUGUGUUGUUGAUGUUCUUAUUGGUAGGGUUUCGAUAUUGGCUCUUUCGACUGAUUGUUCGGUCAUUUCGGCGGUUGUUGAGGGGGAGAUUCAGUUCUUUUUUGUCGAUUCGCUUCUCAAUAUGGAUAAAAGACCUACAUUUUGCCCUUCUGUCGAAUCAAACCCUGUGAAGGACAUGUUUUGGAUCAAUGAGACUGAUCCUUCCUUUAUUGUCCUUACUUCUGGUGGGACAGUAUUUAAUGGAGCUAUAAACAAGAGUCUAAAACAUGUGAUGGAUGAAGUUGAUGCUGUUGGAAGGAGUGUUGAUGGAAAUUUUGUUGCUGUCGGGAGAAAAAAAUACCUUACUAUAUAUUCUUCAAAAUUGGAAGAGAUUUUACAAGUUCUACUUCCAACAGAUACAUGGACUGACGAGAGUGACACCAUCAAAGUGGAUAGCAUCAAGUGGAUUCGCUCAGACAGUAUCGUGGUGGGAUGUUUUCAGCAGACUGAAGAUGGCAAGGAGGAAAAUUACUUCGUACAAGUUAUCACGAGUAAAGCUGGAAAAAUCAUCGAUGAUUUUGCGAAGCUCGUUUCAGUGGACUUUAGCGAUCUUUUUACUGGCAUUCUUGAUGAUAUUGUGCCAUAUGGCUGUGGGCCGCAUCUUUUUUUGAAUUAUUUGGAAAACUGUGAACUUGCUUUUGUUUCUAAUAGGAAGAAUACUGAUCAACAUAUCAUGUUGUUUGAUUGGUCGCAAGGUGACAACCAAGUUUCUGUGGUUGACAUUGAGAGAGAUAGUUGGUUGCCAAGAAUAGAACUUCAAGAAAAUGGGGAUGAAAACUUGGUCCUUGGGCUUUGUGCUGACAAAUCUUCAGUUUAUGAAAAUGUGAAAGUCAAGAUCGGAGUUGAAGAGGAGAGAGAACUUCCACCGCAUUGCCUUCUUGUGUGUUUGACGCUUGAAGGGAAGCUUGUUAUGUACAAUGUUGCAAGUAUUGCAGGGUCUCAACACUCAAGUCAGGAUUCAUCUGUUGCUUCAUCUGAUGCGCAAAGCAUAUCUGCUGUUGAACCUUCAAAUGUUAGUAAAGCUCCUAUUCAAUCGGAGGAGGAAAGGUCUAAACAAUCUGUUUUUGAUUUGGGAUUAUGUGAACCUGGUAAAAAGAAAAUUAGCUCUGCACUUGAUGUUCCUGUUAGCAAGGUUCAAGAGCUACCUGAGCAGAAGGCAUACACUCUUGGUAUUACUAAUUUUGAUCAGAACACUAGAAAGGAACUAAUUUCUGGAAGCAAUCAUCAGAAGCAGGUGGCAGAUGUCAACAACUCUAAGCCUUUUGGACAAUUGGGGCUGGCUCAAGAGGGAAAUUUAAACCAGUCGCCAUUUAAGAGCUUGCAUGGCUUAGGUUCUGCUGCAGGAAAUACUGUUGUGACUGAAAAUUCGAAGACUGAGCGUGGUGAGUUGAAUAGAACCCUAACUCCCACAACUUCAGGCAGUUUUCUGGGUAGCUCAGGUGUACCGAAUUCAAGAUCUCUAUUUUCACCACAAAGUUUUGACAAAAGUACUUUAUCUGGUAGCCCUUUUACAUCCACAAACAUAGAAAAUAGUUCUGAAAGCUUGUUUGGAAACUCUAGUUCUCGUCCAUCAGAUUCAUUUGUUUCUUCAACAAAUGGUGUGGACCACAGUCAAAAAUCAAUAACUAGCAGUGGCAUGUCUGGCUUACCAUCUAAUAUUCCUGGCUCAAAAAUGCUGCUACAAGAUAGUAGCAAAUUACAGAAUUUAACUGGUCAAAGUGUGCCUCCAAUGUUUGGUAAUGAUAGGAAAUCUUCUCCUCUUGGGCAGCUGAACUCUGAGCAGAAUUUACCCAAGCAAUUUUCCAAUGUACAAAAUAUGGCAAAGGAGUUGGAUAAACUUCUCAAAUCUAUAGAAGAAGAGGGAGGUUUCAAGGAUAUUUGCACAGCUGCUCAUAGAAAUUCUCUAAAAAUCCUGGAGGAAGGCAUGAAUGGUCUCUCUGAAAGGAACAGAGUGUGGCAGAAUCAUACAGAGGAACAGCAUAGAGAGAUCCAACUUCUUCUUGAUAAGACUGUACAAGUUUUGGCAAGGAAAACACACAUGGAAGGUGUCGUGAGGCAGACUACUGAUGGACAAUAUUGGGAUUUAUGGAAUCGUCAAAAGUUAAAUUCAGAACUCGAUCAAAAGCGACUAAACGUGUUAAAUCGGAGUCAGGAUCUGACUAAUCGGAUGAUCGAACUAGAAAGGCAUUUCAAUAAUCUUGAGCUGAACCUGUUUGGUGAAAGCAGUGGGGCAAACUUGGUUUCUCGAGCUCUCCAUUCCAGAUCUGCGCCAUCAAGGCACAACCAGUCAUUGCACGCUAUUCAUAAUGCGGCAAUUUCACAGCUAGCUGCUGCAAAUCAACUUUCUGACUCCCUGUCCAAACAAAUGGCUGUACUGAGCAUGAAAUCACCUCCUACAAAACAAGCUACUGUGAAACAGCAAGUGUUUGAGUCUAUUGGAAUACCUUACCCUGAUGGUCCUCUUCGUUCUCCUGGCACAGUAAAGGUGAUGAAUUCUCCUUCAAACAGACAUCCAUUGGUUUUGUGCUCGAGUGAAACUCGUAGUGAUUUUAAAAGGAUCCAAUUGACGGGUGUAAGCAAUCCUGAGCCUGAAACUGCAAGGAGAAGGAGGGAUUCACUAGAUAGGAAUUGGGUUAACUUUGAGGCUGCUAAAACCACAGUAAAAAGGAUGGUGGUUCAGAAUGAGCGACAGAAGGUUGGAGGUUUGUUUUCUUCAAUGGAUAAGCAAUUUGCCAGUCCUGGCAAAAUGGAAGCGUCAGUAGCCAAUCAUUCCAAGGUUCUUUCUGUGCAAGAUAGAAAUGGACGCAAUGACACAUCACAAAAACUCAGCGCUGAUACAGCAGCCGUAUCCAAAUUCAAGUGGACUGGAAGCAUCCCUGGACUGUCAGAGGCUGAAACUGAGCAACCUCCCAGAUGGCAGUUUAAUCAAGGAGAUAGUAUUAAGGCUACCCAAAAAAUUUCAUCUUCAUCAUUAUUAUCACCAUUUGUCGAUCCAAAUGCAAAUAAAGGAAAUAUUCGUUCCACUGCUGAAAGACCAGGGUCUCAGAUAGGGAAUAUUGACAGGUCUGGUACUUCUUCAGCUGACACAGUGCCUUCUUUGUUACAGUUUGGAAAAGAAGAAUCAAUCAUCCAAAAGAAUCAUCCACAACCAUUCUCCUUCUCAAUAAAAGGUGGUGAAGUACCAACUUUUGGUAAAAAGGAGACUGAAACAAAGCCUGUUGGUGAUCAAAGCUUUGUUUCGAUUAGUAAGCAAGAUGUUGGAGCCUCACCUUUAUCAAUCUUUCCACCAGUCAACUCUUCAUUACCUAAUCUGAGUAUGCAGACCUUAUCAACUACAUCCGUGGGUGGAUCUACAACCAAUGCAGAGAUGGCCAAAGAUAACAAGGAAGGCUUACAAUUCUCCUCUUCAGCCUUUUCUGUAUCUUCCUCUCUUGCAGCAUCUUCAUCCUCAUCUAUCUCUAACCAUUUUAAGGAGGUUUCACGAUUUUCGACAUCAUCAAUUUCGGUUUCUACACCACAAGAAGCUCCUGCGAUUACUCCGCCUUCCAAAAGUACAGAAGUGUUAGAUUCUGAUUCUACCAGACCUUCUCUGAAUUUAGCCGAAAAGAUUUCAACGGCAGGGCCUCAAGUUGCUGCUAACAAAGAAAGUGCAGCUAAUAGUCUGGCUGCAACUCCACAGUCUCCUGAAAAGUUGGCCUCUUCAACCAGCGGCGGCUCAAAUUUUUUGAAUAUGAUACCAUCUGUUCCUUCAGCUGAGGUCCCAAAAGCACUUGCCUCAACAUCUCCUGAAGUUGGAGGUACAACUGUUGGAAAGGGUGAUAUUGAUGCUACUGUUGCCCAAGAAGAUGAAAUGGAGGAAGUAGCACCUGAGACAAAUCAAACCGCAGAGCUUUCUCUAGGAAGCCUGGCUGGAUUUGGCUUAGGAUCAGCACCCAAUGCUACAACUCCCAAAUCUAAUCCAUUUGGCGGUCCAAUUACUAGUGCACCACAAACUAUGUCGAGUUCAAUCUCUCUAAAUGUUUCUUCUGAAGAGUUGUUUCGUCCUGCAUCUUUUAGUUUUCAAUCUCUGCAGGCUUCCCAACCCUCACAGCCCUCAAAUACAGGAGCUUCUUUUGGUGCAUUCGGUUUUGCGAAUCCACUUCAGCAGGUUUCCUCGGGAAGUGGGUUUGGUCAGCCAUCACAGAUUGGCUCAGGACAACAGGCUUUGGGGUCGGUUCUUGGUUCAUUUGGACAAUCAAGGCAACUUGGUGCUGGCUUACCUGGUAGUGGUUUUGGGGUUCCUCAAUCUCCAGCUGGUGGUUUUCAAAAUACAACCACAGCUGGUGGAUUUGCAGGCAUUAGUUCGGUGGCCAGUGGCUUUGGUGGCGGUUUUGCUAGUGCAGCUACUAGCGGGGGCGGAUUUGCUGCUGCAGCCCCUAGUGGAGGAGGAUUUGCUGCUGCAGCUCCUAGUGGAGGAGGGUUUGCUGCUGCAGCUCCUAGCGGAGGAGGAUUUGCGGCUGCUGCUCCAAGCGGAGGAGGGUUUGCAGCUGCAGCCCCAAGCGGAGGCGGGUUUGCUGGUGCUGCGGGUGGGGCUGGUGGAUUUGGCGCUUUUGGUAAACCAGGGAAUAGUGGGUUUUCUGCGUUUGGUAGCAGUGUUGGAGGAAGAUCUGCACCGCCCGAGUUAUUUACGCAAAUGAGAAAAUAGUUAGCGAGAAUGGAAACAGUGGUAGGCCUCUGAAGCUUGUGAGGGGCUGAGCCCGUGUAUAUUCAGAGUUCCUCGUGAUGAUGUUACCUUUUUUAUGAUCCUACUCUUUUGUUAUAGUGAUUAAAAAAAGGUGCAUGUAAUUGGAAGAAGUGAAUGUGCUUAUUGCCAGCAAAGCAUAUCAAGCAGUCAUUCAAUUAACAAAUUAACAUGUACUUUCUUUAAUGUCCCUUGCUCUACCCCCAAAAAAAACAAAUUAACAUGUACUUUCUUUAAUGUCCCUUGCUCUACCCCCCCCCCCC